GCCAUGAUGGCUUUUCCUUUCAUGAACUCCAGUGGCCAAGACAGCCAGGUGUCUGUGGGUCCGUCCCCCGAGCCCGGCCCCUGUUCCUUGAACACCAGCUCCCUGCGGAUCCCCCUGACGCUCUUCUACGCCCUCUUCGUCGUGCUCGGCCUGGCCGGGAACCUGCUGGCCCUGUGGGUGUUCCUGCGUGACCGCUCCAAGAAGGCCUCCGUGGACGUGCUCCUGGUCAACGUGGCGCUGUCAGACCUGCUGCUGGUGGCCUGCAUGGCCUUCAGGGUGUGGUACCACGGGGUGCGCGGGGAGCGCUGGGAGCUGGGCGCCACCAUGUGUCACGUGGUGGGAAACUUCUUCUACAUGAACAUGUACAUCAGCAUCGUGCUGCUGGGGCUGAUCAGCGUCGACCGCCACGUGAAGAUCAGCCGAGGCGGGGUGCCGCUGCAGCGGCCCCGCGGUCUGGCGAUGAGGUGCGGCUGGAGAACAGCCGCCUGCACCAUCAUCUGGGCCCUGGCGCUGGCCGGUACCCUGCUGAUGAUCCUGGUCUCCGAGAAGACUACGAAAGAGCUCAACAGAUGCUUCCAGUAUAAGGUAUUCCAGCACUCCAAGUGGAGGGGCUACGUCAACCUCUUGCUGGUGGUCAUCUUCUGGAUCAGCUACGGCUGCAUGGUGGUGUGCUACGUCAAGAUCGCCUUCAAGCUGCUGAGGACGUCCAAGGAGAAGCCCGACCUGCCCAACGCGGCCCGCUAUGCCCGGACGGCCAAAAAGUCCUUCUUCAUCCUCGUCCUCUUCACCGUGUGCUUCGUGCCCUACCACAUAGUGCGCGUCUUCUACAUCAUCACCCAGAUGACCGACACAUCCUGCUACUUGAGGGGUGUGGUCUACCAGGCUAACGAGGUGGCCCUGCUGUUCUCUGCGCUCAACAGCUGCCUGGAUCCCGUCAUGUACUUCCUGCUGUCGUCACCCAUGAGGAAGCAGGUGAUGCGGUUGCUGGGCAACGUGAUGCGGGUGUGGGAAGCCGGGGCUAGUGGCAGCAGCUAGUGUCGAGCAGGGUUCGGGCUCAGGCAGGACCGUCCUGAGACAGCAGUCGACUGGCCUGGUGGGCGUCUUCGGGAACAAUAUGGAUGACAUUACGAGCCAGCCAUAAGAUGGCGAAGGGCAAAGCCAGAAAGAAUUGAAACGUCUGUUUAUGUAUUCCACAGCUUUG